AGGAAUGUCUUCCUUGUCUCUCAGGCAGCCUGCUUGGUUUUCCCAACGUUUUCUCUGUGAAUUCCCAAUUUCUUUCCCUCUCUCCAAACGGAAAACAAUCCCAAUGGCGGUAGGGGAGGCUUUCCUUUCUGCAUUCCUACAGGUGUUGUUUGACAAAUUGCUUUCCCCUACCUUGUUGAGUUUCUUGCGCCAAGAAGGCAUUGAGAAGAAGCUCCUCAAAUGGAGCAAAAAGCUAUCAAUAAUCCAGGCAGUCAUCGAUGACGCGGAGGAGAAGCGACUCACAAGCAGAGCUGCCAAAACAUGGCUGCAAGAUCUCAGAGAUUUGUCUUAUGACAUGGAAGACGUGGUUGACGAACUUGCCACUGAAGCCCUGGGACGAGAUCAAACUCAUAAUAUUUUAAGUAAGAUAUCAAAACAUUUACCUUCUAGGUUGGCGAACUUAAGUCUUUCUGCUCUUAAGUUCAGUGCUCGUAUGCAACCUGCAAUUAGGGAUAUCACUAGCAGGUUGCAGGAUAUAACUGAGAGUAUUGCCGAACUUGGCUUAGUUCAGCUUGAUCGUGGAGGAAAAAUGUCUAGAAAAGUGAUGAGGCAAAGAGCACCUAGUACAUGCUUGCCUUAUGAACCUGCAGGCAUUUUUGGUAGAGAUGAAGAUAAGAAGAGGAUAAUUGAAUUGGUUUUGAGAGACGAACUAUGUGAUACCAAUUUCAGUGUGAUACCUAUUGUCGGAAUGGGAGGGGUUGGGAAAACGACGCUUGCUCGACUUGUUUACAAUGAUAAAGAGAUGGAGCAUUUUGAUUUGAAAGCGUGGGUGUGUGUGUCUGAUGAUUUUGAUGUUAUCAGAAUAACAAAAGUCAUUAUUGAGGCCAUCACCUCUCAAUCCUGUGAUCUCAAAGAGUUUAAUCAACUUCAGAUUAAGUUAAAUGAUGAACUGCAGAGGAAAAAAUUUUUGAUUGUUAUGGAUGACGUUUGGGACAAGAAUUAUGGUGACUGGGAUGCACUGCGAUCUCCGUUUAAGGCUGGAGCACCAGGAAGUAAAAUAAUCAUGACAACGCGCAGCAGAGAUGUUGCGUAUAUGGCAGGAACUGAUUUGUGCUAUGAUCUGGAGCUUUUACCAGAUGAUGCUUGUUGGUCUAUCUUUUUGCAGCAUGCAUUUGACCGCAAAAAUUCGAAUGAGCUUCAAAAUCUGGAACCAGUUUGUCAGAAAGUCGUGAACAAGUGCCUGGGAUUGCCCUUGGCAGCAAGGACUCUUGGUGGCCUUCUACGCUCCAAACCAGGUGAUGAAUGGGAACAAGUAUUAAGUAGCAGACUCUGGGAUUUGUCAGAAUCUGAAUGUGAUAUCCUACCUGUUUUGAGAUUGAGCUACUUCCAUCUCCCUUCAGAAUUGAAGCGUUGUUUUGCUUAUUGUGCAUUAUUCCCUAAGGGCUAUGAGUUCAAAAAGGAAGAUAUAGUCAUUUUAUGGAUGGCAGAAGGUUUGAUCACGGCAGCAGAUGAAAACAAGCAAAUGGAAGAUAUUGGCUGCGAGUAUUUUGACCAUAUGUUGUUGAUGUCACUUUUUCAACCAUCAGGUGGAGACGAUGGUGAUGAUGAUGAUGAUGAUUAUGAUGAUGAUUUAUUUGUAAUGCAUGACCUUGUGAAUGAUCUAGCUCAAUGGGCGGCUGGGGAAAUGUGUUUCAGAGUGGAAGAUGAAUCGGGAUCUAUAGAAGGUUCCAAAUUAUCUCGAAAGGCCAGGCAUGUGUCUUUUGUUUGUGGCAAUUAUGAUCGCUACCGGAAAUUCAAAGCUUUUUCAGAAUCCAGGCGCUUGAGGACUUUCCUUUCAAUAAGUUAUGAUGAUACUUGUUGCUGCUUUUUAAGCAAUAAAGUUGUUGAAAUGUUGCCAGAGCUCAGAUGCUUGAGGGUUCUAUCCUUAAGAGGAUACACAAUCAUUCAGCUGCCGGGCUCAAUAGACAAUCUGAAACAUCUGAGGUACUUGGACCUUUCUGGUACUUAUAUUAGAAGUUUACCAGAAUCAACAUGUUCUCUGUACAAUUUGCAAGUUCUGAAGUUAAACGAUUGUAGAUUCCUUGAGAGGUUGCCUACAAGGAUGGAAAAUCUAAUAAAUCUACGUUUUCUUGAUUUUACAAAUGCAAGCAAGAUAAAAGAGAUGCCACUAGGAAUACAUAAACUAAAAAAAUUAAUCGUAUUAUCAGACUUUGUUGUGGGCAAGGGUAGUGGAUCCAGGAUAGCAGAGUUAAAGAACUUGAGGUUUAUUCAGGGAUCGUUGUGUAUUUCAAGCUUAGAGAAUGUGACUGAUGCUCGUGACGCAAGGGAGGCAAGUUUAAAUGACAAAGAGAAGAUAGACGAGUUGCUUCUUGAAUGGGACUCCCAAUUUGAUGGGUCUAGAAACGGAGAUCUAGAAAGAGAUGUACUUGGCAUGCUACACCUCAUAGGAAUGGGCAUAAGGAACAUUGGACCUGAAUUUUAUGGAGAGAACAACUCAAAGCCUUUUCCAUCCUUGGAGAGCCUACACAUCAACAAUAUGAAGGAACUGGAGAACUGGAUUCCUUGUCAAAUCAAUCAGGCAGAAUUUCUCCUUCUCAAUGAGCUAUCUAUUGCAGCCUGCCCCAAACUUACAGGAAACUUACCCAGCCAUCUUCCAUCGCUGCAAACACUUAAUGUUAAUGAAUGUGAGCAGUUUCUUGUGUCACUACCAAGCCUUCCAAAGCUUUGCAGCGUAGAAAUCAAACGCUGUAAAAAGGUUGAGAACAGAAGUGAUAUUGGUUCUGAACCGAUAAAAUCUGUUGUGCUUUCCAAUGUUUCCAAGCUUGAGGUCUCCAGGAGAGGGUUAAUAACAGCAGAAGAACUUCAGAUUUCAGGUUGCGAGGAGCUGAUGUUUUUGUGGCAAGAUAAUAACGCAGGGUUACUGAAGGAGCUUACUUCACUGCGUUAUUUAUUGGUUGAGAGUUGUCCCCAACUUGUUUCCUUGUUGAUAGAUGAGGAGAGCAUAGAAGAAGAGCAACUGCAGAAGCUUAGACUCGAAACCUUGCGGUUAAAGGAUUGUAAGAGCGUUGAGAGACUCCCACAAUGGUUACUUCGCCUCAAGUCCCUAAAGCAGCUAGAGAUUGAAGACUGUCCAAGUGUGGCUGCCUAUCCAGAGUCUUUUUUGCCUUCCAUGAUUAGGGAGAUUUUGAUAAAAAAUUGUGAUGCACUUUGUCCUUUACUAGAGGCAGUUACUACACAAAGCAGCAGUCAUCUUCGACGGUUGUCCAUUGCAGAAUGUGACUCUCUGAAAUCUUUAGGAAGAUGGCAAUUUCCACGAAGUCUAAAGGUGAUAGAGAUAACAUCCUGCAAGAACUUGCAAUUUUUACUAGAUGGGGAAAUGGUUUCUCUUCCGGUGACACCUGAUGUGAAUAUAAACAGUGACAACCACAGUUCAUCUCUUUUUGUGAAGAUUACAGACUGCCCAUCUAUCUUAACCUUGUCAUCACAAGGUAAAUUACCUGCUUCCUUUAAAUUUCUCCAUGUAAAAUUAUGUCCGGAGCUUAUAUCUUUAACAUCUGGAGGCAACUCAUUAAUGGAGCUUCAAGGCCUUAUUGUUGAGGAGUGCUCCAAACUCGAGUUACUUGCUGAAAGAUUAGACAGUAACAUGCCCCUUAGAAGUAUUGAGAUUGAGAAAUGUGAAAACCUUAAGUCCUUACCUGAUGGCCUCUACAAUCUGAAGCAUCUGAGUGAGAUUAGAAUCUCUGAUUGUCGAGGUCUAUUAUCCUUUCCGAAGGGUGGAUUGCCUCACAACAAUCUUAAGAGCCUCUUUAUAUGCAACUGUGAGAAACUCAAGGAGCUACCUGAUAAUAUACAUAGACUCACCUCCCUUGAAGAAUUGGAGAUAUCAAAUUGUCCAGGCAUCAUAUCUUUACCUAAAAAUGGCUUCCCUACCAACCUAAAAUCACUCAAUCUCACAAACCUCAGAAUCUAUAUGCCAAUGUCUAGAUGGGGUUUGUACAUGCUCAUCUCACUUAGACACCUGACGAUCAUUGGUGGAUGUCCAGAUUUGGUGUCCUUUCCAGAGGAGGAAAUGCAAAUGGCACUGCCCACUUCCCUAAUCCAUCUAAACAUUGGAGAUUUCCCGAAUCUCAAACGCCUCUCCUCCAAGGGCUUUCAGAAGCUAAGUUUGCUUCAACAUUUAAUAAUCCACGGUUGUCCAAAGCUUGCAUCAUUGCCAGAAAAGUGUCUGCCUCCCUCGCUUCUGCAGCUUAUUAUUGAUGGCUGUCCUCUGCUAAAGGAAAGAUGCAUGCGGGAUACAGGACAGGAAUGGUCCAAGAUAGCUGACAUCCCCUGCGUUUUUGUGGAUAAUACAUCUGCCUUUCAUCCAGGUAUGAUGAUGAUACCCUACUACCUGAAUGUCAGAGUAAGAUAUGACCUAGUGCUUUAGUGGUGUGGAGGGUGGCAAUCUCGUGGCAGUUUGGACAAUUCCAGAAGAGGGAUAGAUCCCUACUAUCAAUUCCUUUUUCUCCUUACACUCAAGAUCCUUAGUAUUAUUUUUCAGUCUAUUGAAUAAUCAUUUUAUUUUUCUUGAGAUACAUGUGAUGACUAGGCAAAUUUUGUGCCUUGCCUUAGAUCGUUACAGUGAUAGCCAAAUAUUCACUCAUCAGAUUUGCAGGUAUGUCAUAUGUAGCUGCUGCAAUGUAUGUCUUAGAAAAUGCUCCUAGAAUAGGUCCUCUCAUUAUGCUAUCCUUCAUUUGCUGUCCCCACAAUAGAACCUUACUUAUUUUCACUCAUCCCAACAGAACCUUAAUUGUGAAUGUGAAAAAAAAGAACCAUGACCUGCAGUCUGCAUGAAUCUUACGCA